AUGGCUUAUUUAGUUAACUUACGUUUGAUAUUAAAUAACAAAGUUAGAUUAUUAAAAAAUUAUGAGAGGUAUCGUAAGAAAAUACAGGUCAGAAGUGUCGGAACUGAUUGGAGUACUGCAGAAGUUGAUGUGCCACUUGGAGAUGGAAAAAAAAUGGUCAUAUCAACGGGAAAGCUAGCGAAGAUGGCCAGUGGUUCUGCGAUGGUCUCAUCAGGAAAGACAUCAGUGAUGGUAACAUCAGUAUGCAAAACGCAAGCAUCAUCCAGCUCAUUUAUGCCAUUGAUAGUAGACUACAGAUUAAAAGCCUCAGCAACCGGAAGAAUCCCAACAAACUUUCUUCGCCGUGAGCUAGGAUCAACCGAGUAUGAAAUAACCGCCGGGCGGCUAAUAGACCGCACAGUCCGUCCAAGUUUCCCAAAGGGCUUCUGCUACGAGACCCAAUUGAUCACCAAUACCUUUAUGAUCGACGGUGAAAACCUACCCGACGUCUUAGCGAUAAAUGCAGCGUCUGCUUCUUUGGCUCUAUCAGACAUCCCCUGGAACGGACCCGUGGCAGCGGUGCGAGUCGGCUUUAUAGACAACGACAUAGUAAUAAACCCAACUAACCACGAAUUACAACAUAGUUCUCUUAAUUUGAUAGUCUCUGCCGCUAACAACAACAUGCUGGUGAUGAUGGACGGAUACGCGAACAUGAUUAACAGCGAUGAUUUAAAGAAAUCCAUCCAAAGAGGAGUACUGGAGUGCCAAGAGAUAAUUAACGCGAUAAAAAAACUAGCAGCAACUCACGGAAAGCCCAAGAGACCUUUUGAAGAGGUGAAAUUCGACGAACAACUUCUAGCUUCAAUAAAAUCUCUAGCAGAGAUCCAACUGAGGAAUAUUUUCACGGAUUUUAAUCACGACAAAAUAUCAAGAGACAACGCGAUUAAUAAUUUGAGGACUAGCAUAAUGGAGACCAUGAAAAAAAGUGUUGAAGAUUUGAAUCUUACAGUAGUUGUCGAGGCUUUUAAUAUUAUAUCUAAAGAAGUCUUCCGAGAGCUGAUAUUCGAGACCAACCAAAGAUGCGAUGGCCGUAAAUUAGACGAGCUGCGUGAUAUCAAAUGUGAAGCCGGUCAUUUAGAAUUGCUCCAUGGUUCUGCGCUAUUUCAGCGCGGACAAACCCAAGUCUCUUGCUCGGUAACGCUAGAUUCCUUGGACAGCGCUUUAAAGAUGGACAUGGUCUCGAUGCUGACCAGCGGAGUGAAAGAGAAAAAUUUCUUUCUUCACUACGAGUUUCCUCCCUACGCGAUAAAUGAAGUCGGCCGGGCUGGAGUCGUCGGCAGGAGAGAAAUGGGUCACGGAGCGCUAGCAGAGCGUGGCUUAAGAGCUGUAAUUCCUGAAGACUAUCCAUUCACUAUCAGGCUCAUGAGCGAAGUACUCGAGUCCAAUGGUUCCUCGUCAAUGGCCAGCGUCUGUGGCGGAAGCUUGGCGCUUUUGGACGCUGGAGUUCCGAUUUCUCAAUCGGUUGCUGGUGUGGCUAUUGGCCUGGUUACUAAAUACGACAAAGAAAGCACUUCAAUUAGUGAUUACAGAAUUCUUACUGAUCUUUUGGGCAUUGAGGACUAUUUAGGAGACAUGGAUUUCAAAAUAGCCGGCCCGAGAGAUAAAAUUACCGCAAUUCAAGCUGAUAUUAAGCUUGCGGGGCUUCCGGUGGAAAUUGUAGAGAAAAGUAUUGACGCUGCUCUUGAAGCUAAGAAGAAAAUUCUUGAUAUUAUGGACCAAACAUUGGCAACUCCGAGAAGUGAUAAAUUUAAUCUUCCUUUGAUGGAUUCCGUUGAGGUCCCGGUUCAUUUACGCGGACAAUUUUUGGGAGUCGGUGGAUAUAAUUUGAAAAAAAUUUACCUGAAAACUGGGGUGACUAUUCAGCCGCAGGAUGAUAAAACCUACUCGAUUUUUGCUCCCAAUGAAACGGCGAUGAAAGAAGCUAAGGAGAUGAUUGAUGUCCUGCUGAAGGACAAGAAGACGCCCGAGAUGUAUUUUGGAGAAAUUUACCAGGCUAAGAUUGUCCAAGUUAAGGACAGUGGUGUUAUGGUGAUUCUGUAUGAUGAUAUGAAGCCUGUUUUUGUUCCUAAUAGUCAUCUGGAUCAAACUGUCUUUGCGCAUCCUAGUGCUCGGAACUUUGAAGUCGGACAGAUGAUCAAAGUCAAGUAUCUCGGUAGAGAAGCCGAGAGCGGAGCUAUUAGACUUUCAAGCAAGGUUUUGAGAACAACUAGCUCUUCUAUAAGAAGCCGUUUUAAAUGA